GUCGUUAUUUGAGGCUGGGUGUGUAGGAGGAACGCAGGACUGGAAAAGGUGGGAAGCUUGUGGCCAGAGGAGAGCGUGAAAGUUACUUAGACGGAAACGGGGAGUGGGAACCCCGACAGAGCUAUUGGUUUUGGGAAUAGGACUUUGUUCUGGGGUGGGAGAGUAGGAUUCGCCUUCACAGGCCUCCCUUCUGGUUAGGCCCCAAGUCAUAGUUCCCCAGCCCAGAGCUCCCUCCUGGAGAGGUCGGGAAGAUAGGCCUGACCUGGGGCCCGUCCCUAUCGCGCCUUCUAACCAACCGGCUCUCUGCUCACUAAUCAAAGGAGAAAAGUCCAUACUGAGGGAGGGCAUACUGUAGGAGGAGCCUGAAUCCCUAGAAGUGAUGAUGGAGAUGAGGGAAGGGCUGAGAAAGAGGAGGAUUCCAGAAAUCCUGUAAUUGGUAGGUAUUAUAGCGCCUCUCAGUGUGUGCUGGUUAGACAACUCAUUCUUUGGGUGCUGUUGGGAAGAUGUGAGCAAGGAGGCCAGGGCAACUGAAAAGGAGUUUAAACAAUUAAAGGGGAGUACUAUUGUAGCCUUUAAGGAAGGGAGGCAUAUCCUGCCAUUUUCGUUUUACAUUUAUAGCUUAGUUAAAAAUUAAAAGUUUGUUUUUUUGUUUUGUGGUUUUUGUUUGUUUGUUUCUUCCCAGAUCCUGAACUAUAACCAUCUGUAGUAUUGACUUAGGAAUUCUGUCAGUCUUUUCUGUAUGCGGAUGGCCUGAUUUUUUGUAGCUAAUACUUAAGGCAAGUUUGCAAAAGUUAAGAGGUUUCCUUGUCAGUUAAGGGAUCAGGGCAAUGAAGGAAGCUCUUUAAAGAAGGAGUCCUGACUUCUAUAGAUUAUAAAGUGAUUUUGAAGAGGCCUGAUGGUCCUGAGAUUUGAGGAGCCAGGAAGAGUCUUAUCCCUGGUUACCUGGGUGAGAAAAGAGUGUUAAAUGUCAUCCGUGAGACUCAACAGGUAUUGCAAGCUCAAAGCAGAAGAGUCCGCAUCCUAGAGACUUCAGUUCUGGUAGAGUUUGAAAGAAGAGUUUUAUAGAGAAGAAUUGGAUAAAGAUUCAGAGAAGCAACUAUGGAGAUCAAGGGGGAGAUGGAAUAGUUUAUGUGAAAGUAGACUGGGAAAAAAAUUACGAGUCUAGUAGAGAAAAGAGAGGCCAAAAACAAAGCAAAACCCGUAAAUAUUUGCUGACAGAAUAAUUUUGUGGUAUGAUUAUGUUAACUGUGAAUUUGCUCAUAAACCAAAAUCCUGUCCAUACAUAAAAAGUGCUUCCUUGUGCAAUAGGUAGUUAACUCGCAGGACUGGGUUCUCUGAGAGGCUGUUUGGGUAGAAAAUACAAGUACCUUUGAGGAGAGCUUGGCUUUUAAGGGCUUGCUGAUGGAGAAUAUUCAAAAUAUUCUGGGCUAAAUAGAGCUUUUGAAGUGAACAUGAUAUAGGAAGGAGGCUGGUUGUAUUACUGGUCUGACCUAAAGAAACUAUAUUUCCGGGGCAUCUGGGUGGCUCCGUCAGUUGAGAGUUUGACUCUUGAUUUCAGCUCUGGUCAUGAUCCCAGCAUCGUGGGAUUGAGCUGCGUUGGGCUUCUCACUGAGCGUGGAGCCUGCUUAAAAUUCUCCCUCUUUCCUCCCCCACCCCUGGCUUUUGUGUGCAUGCGCUCUCUCUCUAAAACAAAAAAAACCCAACUAUGUUUUUAAUGCUUUGUGAAUUUGUCUUGAAGGAAAAGGAAAACAAUUGGGAAUCUUUAAUCUUUAUAAAAUGAAAUGUUGGCAGGUAAUUUAUCAGAAUAGGAUUGACACCAGUGUCCUCUGCAGCCGUUCAAUGGAUCCUGUCCAACCACCCUUCAGGGGCUCUUCUGUGAACCCAUCUCAGUGUGUACGGAUGCCUGGCUCUUGGCCACAAGCUCCUAAACCUUUGGACUCAGCGCUGGGCAGGGCAGGAUCUACAGGCAGAGGCCAUGUAUUUGGGAAGCCAGGGGAACCAAGCCCACGGAGUGGGCCAGCACAAAGGGAAUGUGUGGAUUUGGUCUCCAUGUUCCGAGGACUGGGCCUUGAAACAGUGUCUCGGACCCCUCUGAAACGGGAAAUGCCUCCAUUAGGUAGAGGCAUUUUAGGUCGAGGCUUGUCUACCAGUAUGGUACGCAAGGACAAAGAAGAACCCCAUCCCACUUUUCCGGAUCCUUCAGUGCUGGCAGCUGGGGAUAACAAGAUGGCAGAGGCCUGUUUUGGUUGGAAUAGAAUGCUUGGAAGAGGGAAUUCGGAUAUGUCUUUAUUCCCUUUGGGAAGAGCAGCUGGUGGUAUAGGCAGAGGAGUAUAUAAGGCUCCUGCUACUCUCAGCUUGACUUCUCGGGAUCCUGCCCAGCUGUCAUCAUCACCACCUCUGCCCCCAUCCUCACCACACUCUCUGGAUCACCCUCUACUUGGGACUGUAGAACACAAGGGAAAAGAGCUUUUUGUGAAGCAAGGAUCAAAAGGUACACCUCAAUCUUUGGGAUUGAAUCUUAUCAAAAUACAGUGUCAUAAUGAAGCAGUCUAUCAAUAUCAUGUGACUUUCAGCCCCAAUGUGGAGUGCAAAAGCAUGAGGUUUGGCAUGCUGAAGGACCAUCAAGCUGUCACCGGCAACGUUACUGCUUUUGAUGGAUCCAUUCUCUAUCUGCCUAUUAAACUUCAGAAACAAGUCCUUGAGUUAAAAAGUCAAAGGAAAACUGAUGAUGCAGAGAUCAGCAUUAAGAUUCAAUUGACAAAGAUCCUGGAGCCCUGUUCUGACUUGUGCAUUCCCUUCUACAAUGUUGUUUUCCGUCGGGUAAUGAAACUUCUAGAUAUGAAGCUUGUAGGGAGAAACUUUUAUGACCCUACAAGUGCUAUGGUUCUACAGCAGCACAGGUUGCAGAUCUGGCCAGGCUAUGCAGCUAGUAUCCGAAGAACAGAUGGAGGUCUUUUUCUGCUAGCUGAUGUCUCCCAUAAGGUCAUUCGGAAUGAUUCAGUGCUGGAUGUCAUGCAUGCCAUGUAUCAGCAGAACAAAGAAAACUUCCAGGAUGAGUGCACUAAGCUUCUGGUUGGCAAUAUUGUUAUAACCCGAUACAACAAUCGUACCUAUCGCAUUGAUGAUGUGGAUUGGAAUAAGACACCAAAAGAUAGCUUCACAAUGUCUGAUGGGAAGGAGAUCACAUUCUUGGAAUACUACAGCAAAAACUAUGGGAUCACAAUUAAGGAAGAGGACCAGCCACUGCUGAUCCACAGGCCCAGUGAGAGACAGAAUAACCAAGGGAUGCUGCUGAAAGGCGAAAUCCUGCUGCUGCCUGAGCUUUCAUUCAUGACUGGAAUCCCUGAGAAGAUGAAGAAGGACUUCAGAGCCAUGAAGGAUUUAACCCAGCAGAUCAACCUGAGCCCCAAACAGCACCAUAAUGCUUUGGAAUGCUUGCUGCAGAGAAUUUCAAAGAAUGAGACAGCUAGCAAUGAAUUGGCACGCUGGGGACUCUGUCUCCAGAAGGAUGUACAUAAGAUUGAAGGACGUGUUCUGCCAAUGGAAAGAAUUAACUUAAGAAAUACUUCAUUUAUCACAUCUCAGGAACUAAACUGGAUUAAGGAAGUAACCAGAGACCUUUCCAUCUUGACUGUCCCCAUGCAUUUCUGGGCACUGUUUUACCCAAAGAGAGCAAUGGAUCAGGCCCGAGAACUGGUUAAUAUGUUGGAAAAGAUAGCUGGCCCCAUUGGUAUGCGCCUCAGCCCACCAGCCUGGGUUGAACUAAAGGAUGAUCGAAUUGAGACCUAUGUCAGAACCAUUCAAUCCAUGCUAGGAGUUGAGAGGAAGAUACAGAUGGUUGUUUGCAUCAUCAUGGGAACACGUGACGACCUCUAUGGGGCUAUUAAAAAGCUGUGCUGUGUGCAGGCUCCUGUGCCCUCACAGGUCAUCAAUGUUCGAACCAUUGGUCAGCCAACCAGGCUUCGGAGUGUGGCCCAGAAAAUUUUACUUCAGAUUAAUUGUAAAUUGGGUGGUGAGCUCUGGGGAGUGGAUAUUCCUCUGAAACAAUUAAUGGUGAUUGGGAUGGAUGUUUACCAUGACCCCAACCGAGGCAUGCGCUCCGUGGUUGGCUUUGUUGCAAGCAUCAAUCUCACACUCACAAAAUGGUAUUCACGAGUGGUGUUCCAGAUGCCUCAUCAGGAGAUUGUGGAUAGCCUGAAGCUAUGCCUGGUGGGCUCCUUAAAAAAGUUUUAUGAGGUGAACCACUGUCUCCCAGAGAAGAUUGUGGUAUACCGUGACGGAGUGUCUGAUGGCCAACUAAAGACAGUUGCCAACUAUGAGAUUCCUCAGCUACAGAAGUGUUUUGAAGCUUUUGAGAAUUAUCAGCCCAAGAUGGUAGUAUUUGUAGUUCAGAAGAAAAUCAGUACCAAUUUGUACCUGGCUGCUACCGAGCACUUUGUGACUCCCUCCCCUGGGACUGUGGUAGAUCAUACCAUAACAAGCUGUGAGUGGGUGGACUUCUACCUUCUUGCCCAUCAUGUACGGCAGGGUUGUGGCAUUCCUACCCAUUAUGUCUGUGUUCUCAACACUGCAAACCUGAGUCCUGAUCACAUGCAGAGGUUGACUUUCAAGCUGUGCCACAUGUACUGGAACUGGCCUGGCACCAUCAGAGUCCCAGCUCCCUGCAAGUAUGCCCACAAGCUAGCUUUUCUGUCAGGACAGAUCUUGCAUCAUGAACCAGCCAUCCAGCUGUGCGAAAACCUGUUCUUCCUGUGACUGGGCAGCCAGGAUAUGGGUGCUUAGGGAGAUUAGACUUCUGAACUCAGCUGCAACUCAGGCAGGAUCAAGAGGGACCCAAGGGGUUUUUGUGUUGGCGGUGGGUUGUUGUGGUUUUUUUGUUUUUUGUUGUUUUUUUUUUUACCAACCUGGUAGAAUAAGAUUUCUUUUUUCUUUUUUUUUCUCUUUUAUACCUGAUAUCACCAAGAAGUAAGUUCCAUUUCUAAAUAUCAGCUGGAAAUUUCCUUGUUGCCUUUGUAGAGCAAGUGGUGGCAGUACAGGUCCUGUAUAUAUGGAGGGGGUGAAUACAAGGGAACCUCUAAAAGCCCCCAUAGCCAACAUGAGCUGUGGAAACCUGCAAAAACAGCAGUUACACCUUGUAAGUUAUGCUUACUAAGCACUUCCUAUUUCUGUGCCAGAGGUGAUAAUGAAUGAAGUCAUUCCGAGUUUCUUGAAGUAGAGAGUUACUUUAUUUGGGCAACUGAGAAAGGUAGUAAAAACACCUGUGAGGCAAAGUUUUUCUAGAUAUUGUGAUUGCUGGUAAGUGUGAAAGGCACGUAGUAAAACCAGCUGGUGGCGUAGUCAAGUCCUACUGACCUAAUCUUGUCUGGGAAUUGAGUUUAUGACACCUGUGCCUUGAGUUGGCUUUGAAGCUUUGAAAGGGGCAUUUAGCCAUUCCUUGGCCUCCUGAGAAAGGCCAGAUGAAGUUUUUUUCUGUAUAUUUUAGUUGCUUUACAGUGUACCAUGUUGAUUUCUUCCUACACCACCUCCCCCGCCCACCCCCCUGACACACAUUGGCUCUUUGUUAUUGAUCUUUAAUAAAGUUUCAGCUUUUAAAUUAAGAAUCAGAACACGGUGAAAUUCAACAGCUAGGAAGAUUCAUGAUGGAGUGAGUCUUUCUUAAACCUUUUUCCUGGAUGUGUGGCCUUCUUUUCGUUGAUGUGUUUGUAAAUGGAAUCACUCAUUUCCCUUGCUCAAUAACCUAUUCCUGGCUGUUGGCUCAUAUUGUUAGGAAUUUUUCUGAAUCCAGCUUAAGAUUUCCAAAAGUCAGCUUUGGAAAACAUGACACUCCUGCCAGAGUCCAGACAUUUCAGCUUAGAAAACUGUCAAUAUGCCUGUGGGGUUUUUUUGUGUUUAUUUUUCCCUGUUUUAAAAUCCUCUGACCCCUUCAGGGUUAAUUCAGUUUUAACUUGCUUCAGUUUUAACUUGCUUUAACUGGUUUUAAACGCCAAUUUUAUUUACCCAUCUCAAAUUUGUAUUUAUUUAUUUAUUUUUUGGUGUGAUGGCAGGGAGGGGACAAAGCAGAAACUCCCAUUUUAUAUAAUAGUGUCUGAGAAGAGAAACUUUAGCUUAAAACUCCUUAGAAGAAUAAAAGCAAGCAAGUUUUCAGUUUGUUGCAGUGCCCCACAGAGGUUGAGGAACUUUGAAUGAGUGUUGCUAGUGCACUCCUAGUUUCAUUUAGAGUGUGGGACAUAGGGCAAGGCUAAAGCCUGGAAUUUAAAACCCACUGAAUCAAACAAAUUGGACCACUGGUCUCCGUCUCAACAGAUCAGCUUUCUGAUUCUCUGUGGAAGCAUUUUGAAUUUCUCUUUUGAAGUUGGAUUUCCUAAUACUCAUUUUCUCUUAUAUAAUCAGAAAAGACAAAUGCUUGAAUAUAAUACAAAAUUUCUUCACUUUUUAUUCCUGUUCUCUUGCCAUUUUUUUCAGUCUUAAUGUGCAAUGAUUGGGCUGUGGGGUGGGAAAUAAAUAAAAACAAAUUUGUAUAAA